AUGUUCAGCAUAGAGAAGAUAAAUACAUUUUUAAGAGAUCUGUGGGCAGUGUUGGGAAACACCUGGUACUUAACACUAACGAGAUCUCUCAAAACAAAAGACUCCAUCUGUUCAUGGUCACAGUGUUCUCUCCCCCGCCGUCCACCCUCUCCCUGCUUCCCAGCACACAUCCUCACACAUGUACACACAAGCAUCCUUAUACACAAGUGUGCACACAUUCACCCUCACACAUGCACAUAUACACACAAGUGUGCACACGUUCACCCUCACACACACACAUUCUCACACAUGCACAUGUACACACAAGUGUGCACACGUUCACCCUCACACACACAUCCUCACACAUGCACAUGUAUACACAAUUGUGCACACGUUCACCCUCACACAUGCACAUAUACACGCAAGUGUGCACACGUUCACCCUCACACACACAUCCUCACACAUGCACAUAUACACAAGUGUGCACACGUUCACUCACACACGCAUCCUCACACAUGCACAUGUACACACAAGUGCACACAUUCAUCCUCACACAUGCACAUGUACACACAAGUGUGCACACAUUCACCCUCACACAUGCACAUAUACACGCAAGUGUGCACACGUUCACCCUCACUACACACAUCCUCACACAUGCACAUGUACACACAAGUGUGCUCACGUUCACCCUCACACACACCUCACACAUCCACAUAUAUACACAAGUGUGCACACAUUCACCCUCACACACACAUCCUCACACAUCCACAUAUAUACACAGUGUGCACACGUUCACCCUCACACAUGCACAUGUAUACAAAAGUGUGCACACAUUCACCCUUAUACACAUGCCCUCACAAUGUCUUCACACACAUGCACACACACAGCAUGCACAUAUACACUAGUGUGCACACACAUCUUCACACACACAUUCACACAAACACAUGUCCUCACACAUGUACACACAUGCAUUUUCACACACAAACACAUAUGCGUACACACACAUCCUUACACAAACAUACAACCUCACACAUGGUACACACCCAUCCUCGUACACGCACGCCUCUUUUGUGCUGGUGCUUCUCCCAAAGUUAAUUCCACCCUCUCUUUCUUUCAUGAUGGCCAGUGACUUCCUUUCUGGGUCAGGUUUCAGUCUGAAGGGGGCCCACUUUGGCAAAUGGCUGAUAGCAAAGCCCCAGACCAUGGACAAUGCACAGACCAGGUGGGUGUGCUCCUGUCACCCAUCUACCACGGAAAUAGUCCCCUCAGUAGCUCAGUGACCUUGAACACGUUCCCUAACCUCUUGAAGUCUUAGUUUCUCAUCCCAAAAAGGGGGAUAAUACCACCUACUUCUUGGGGUUGGGAGGGCUGAGAUAAGGUAGGUGAAGCAGCUGCAUGUGGUAGGUGUUUUGGAGCCAUCCAGCCUCCUCUCUCUCAUUCCACUUUGCUGCUCUCAGUCACCAGAACUUCCCAGGUCUCCAUUUUCCAGGGCUUCAGGCAGGGGGGAAAUGGGGCUCACGAAAUACAAGUGUGAAAUACUAAAGGCAGUUCAUUUUGUUGCUGGAAAAAGGAGCAUUUUAUAAGGUGGCUGGCUCUCCUGGCCUCCCUUUGUGAAGCUUGGCUGGCUGAAACAUUUCCAGGGAUUUUCUGAAAAAGUUGCUGUGGCAGGGUGAUUUUGAAGGUGUUGGGAAAGACGUGGCUUUUCAUCUAUAAAGUAACGACAGCCAGUUGGGGGAAAGCAGAGGAAAGAGAAGCUACAGAGGAGGAGAGCCAAAGAGACAUAACCUGACAAGCUCCCCAGGCUGUUGCCUGAAACAUCUGGGAAUGUGCUAAUGGCAUGAAGGAAAAGAGAACACAGCCAACCCAUCUGCUGGCACGAGCUCUGAGAGCUGCCUGAGGGAGCCAGGGCAGACGCUGUGGGACUUUUCCCCAGAAUGACUAUACUUCCUCCUGAAGUGGGCCUGGUGUGGUGGCCCAACUAUUGUCCCAGUUCCCUUCCCACCAGCUGCCACUGGCCUUGGUGUCUCCCACUGUAAGUGGCAGGUUCAGUGAUGGUGAACAAACCCGUAUUUCUGAGGAAAUAAUAAAAAUAGAAUUUCGUAAGUACCAGACACUUGCUGAGCUCUGUACAUGUGUCAUCUAGUUUAAUCUUUAAAACAACUCGGCUUGUUCAUGGCAGCACUAUCCAAAAUAACCAAAAGUUUGAAAGAGCUCAAGUGCCCAUCAACAGAUGCAUGGAUAAAUAAAAUGUGGUACAUACAUGUUGCUGUUAGUUGCCGUCAAGUCGGUUCCCACUCAUAGUGACCCUAUGUGCAACAGAACGAAACACAGCCCGGUCCUGGGCCAACCUCACAAUUGUUGUUAUGCUUCAGCCCAUUGUUGAAGCCACUGUGUCAAUCCAUCUGUUAAGGGUCUUCCUCUCUUUUGCUGACCCUCUACUUUACCAAGCAUGAUACCCUUCUCCAGGGACUGGUCCUCCUGACAACAUGUCCCAAGUAUGUGAGACAAAGUCUCAUCAUCCUUACUUCUAAUGAGCAUUCUGGCUGUACUUCUUCCAAAACAGAUUUGUUCAUUCUUUUGGCUGCCCACAGUAUAUUUGAUAUUCUUCACCAAAGCCAUAAUUCAAAGGCAUCAAUUAUUCAGUCUUCCUUAUUUAUUGUCCAGCUUUCACAUGCAUAUGAGGAGAUUGAAAAGACAAUGGACUGGGUCAGGCGCACCUUAGUCCUUAGAGUGACCAAAAAAAAAAAAAAAGCCAAACCCGUUGCCAUCAAGUCAAUUCCAACUCUUAGUGACCCAAUAGGACAGAGUAGAACUGCCCCAUAGAGUUUCCAAGGAGCCCAGCUGUAGCACUUAACCACUUAACCACUAUGCCACUACGGUUUCGCUUGAAGUGGCAUCUUUGCUUUUUAACACUUUAAAGAGGCCUUUUGCCGCAGAUUUUUCCAAUGCAAUGCGUCGUUUGAUUUCUUGACUACCGUUUCCAUGGGCAUUGAUUAUGGAUUCAAGUAAAAUGAAAUCCUGUACAACUUCAAUAUUUUCUCCAGUUAUCGUGAGGUACAUACAUAAAUACAAUGAAAUACUACUCAGCCAUAAAGAGAGAUAAAGUCCCUAAAACAAUAGUUGACCUUAACAAGUAAAAAAUGUCCCCCUUGAGCAUUAUGCUUUUUUAAGAACUAUCUAUAUGGGAUCAAAGUGACAAUAGUAACUUCAAAGAUUAGAUAGAAGCCUUAAGUGGCAGUGAGUAUAUGUUAAUGGGGGAGGAACAACCCAGAAAAGGAGGGUGAGAACGGCUGCACAACUAGAAGAAUGUAAUCAAUAUCAGUAAAUGGUACAUGUACAAAUGGUUAAGUUGGUGUGUUUUGUUGUGCAUAUUCUCAACAAUGACAACAAAAUAAAAUAAGACAGAAAUGAAAUCUUGAUACAUGCUAUAACCUGGAAAAACCUUGAGGGCAAUAUGCCAAGUGAAAACAAAAGGACAAAUACUGUGUGAUGCCACUUAAGUGAAAUAUCUAGAAGAGUUACGUGUACGGAGACCAAAGUCUGUUGGUGGUCACCAGGGCAGGCAAGCAGGAAGGGAAAAGGGGGACUUGAUGCUUAAGGGACACUAAGCUUCUGUUAAAGGUGGUAGAAAAAUCUGGGAGUUGAUGAGGGUGAUGGCUGAACAACAUGAUAAACGUAAUGUCACUGAACUGGACCUGUGAAAAUUGUUGAAAUGACAAAUGCUUUAUACAUAUAUAUUUUCCACAAUGAAAAAAUAAACAACUCAGGAGGUGACCAUUAUGAUGCCCAUUUUACAGACCAAUACCUAUUCACAGAAGGUAUCAGCAAGGGGACAGAGUGAAGCCCUUUCACUCCUCACCCUUUGCUGUCCUUCUGAGGAUGGAUGAGUAGCUUGCUGUCUGGCCCUCCCCCACACUCAGAGAGCCAGAGCCUCCUGGGACUGUGUGGCCGGAAACUGCCGCCUGCAUGACCUCAGCCAGCCUCCUUGCUUCACAGAUGGGGAAAGUGAGAAGAGCCAAACAAGGCCAGCGACCGGCCCGAGGUUACGUUGCAUGUGGUAUCCAGUCCUCAUUCCCAGACUUCAUAUGCCCCAUUAGAGAAUGGGGUCCCCCUGAGGAUGAGAAAGCCUUUCAGGGACAACCCCUGGAGGACAGAUGGAAGGUGGGGCCGUGCCGGCAGGCUUUGUGACACAACACUGAUGACGGAAGGACUGUGUUUCCCCCUUUUGAGAAACUCUUUGGCAUCAAACAAGCCUUGAAGGGGAAGAGAGAGAAAUUUGGCAGGCGUCUGGUUCUUUCUACUCCAUCUGGAAGCCGAGCGAGGACUAGGAAAGCUGCCUCCCAUUUGGUUUAGUCUCACCCCGAGACGGCGUUCAAGGACAGGGACAUUCAGAGAGGACAACUCCAACCAGAACCACAAAGUGGAGCAGGGACAUCCCACCGUGCAAUCUUGCAGCCCUUGUCCUGUGGGACUGAAAGAGGACCAUCACACUCGCCUGUCCACCUGGAAGCAAGUCUCAUGUCACUGUCUCAGAAGGGUGACAUCCUAACACAAGCCACCAGGAUGAAGCAGCUCCCGUGUGCCAGGCACUGAGCUUAGUGUCUUACCCACAUUCUCUAGCUGGAUCCACACCACAUUCCCUGUGAAGUAGGAACCAUU